AUGGUCGGCAAGCUCGCGGUCACGUUUAUUGUACUCCUCCAAGCAUGUGGAUUCUCAUCUAGUGUUUCAUCUUCGCCAAAUUUGUUCAAGAAUGAUCAGAUGCCAUUGACAUCAGCGGCGAGCGAAGAAAUCCGUGUUCCCGUGUUGCUGGGCGUCAUGUCCAACUGCCCAGAUGCGCUGUAUUGUGAAAGAGUUUUCAACGACGUCCUUUCGCAAGUCGGUCCACUCGUCGAACUCGACGUCACUUAUAUUGCAAGAGUAAACGCUUCUGAACCUACAUACGGCGUGACCUGUAGGCAUGGCGAGAAUGAGUGCCGAGGAAACGUUCAGCAACUCUGCGCAAUUCGCUCUACGAGAUCCUCUUCUCCGCUUAAUUUACAGGCGAUGUCUCGCGAGUACGAUGAACCCUCUUGGAGAACAUGGUGGUCGUUUAUCACCUGCCAGAAUGCCGGCGGUCGAUACGCCCCAGGCAAGGAAGACAUAGCGAAACAAUGCGCACGUAGCGUCGGAUUGCCAUGGGUAGACGUGGAGUAUCCAGGGGGUGCCAGUAAAUUGGGCGUUGGAUCGUGUUUUCAUAACGAGGUCAUUGCGCGGACAUUGCUCUUGCAGAGUGUAGAGCGAACGAGGGCUAUGGGUAUCACCAAUAGCUGCACGGUAUUCAUCAACGGCGUCAAGACGUGCAUUCGCGAUGACGACAAGUGGAAGGAUUGUAAAGCUGGCAAGGGCUCCGUUGACGACUUUGUUAAGCUCAUCCACAAAGAGCACAAGAGGCUUAAUCGCAAAUCUCCCUAA